AUGAGGACCCUAACUACCCUCGUGGUCGUUGCUCUCCUCGCGUCGGCGUCCGAGGCAGGGGAACGACCUAGCCUGUACAAACGUGGCCAGCUGGUCCACGUCUGCACGCCCAGGGAUGUGAAGAUGAUGGCCCGCUUCGUGUGCAGUCUCCACCGGCGCUCCGUGCGGUCCGCCUCCUCCUCCUCCUCCUCCGCCUUCGUCAGUGGGCCGCUGUUCAGGAUCCCAGAAUUUUACAACCGACCUCCUUCCAGAGUGAUUAAAUGCGGAGAAAAUGGUGAAGACUGCCCCCCCCUGUACGACCCCGCCUACGACAGCGCCCCCUACCUCCUCCCGCCCUCAGGAGACGUAAGGACGAACCUCAUCAAGCGAGAUAAGGAAGUCGUGAGGGCGGUUGGGCUGACGAUUGCUGACGUGCGAAGGAAGUGCUGCCUGAACGGGUGUCUGCCGGAGGAUUUCUACGGGGCCUGUCGCUAA